UGAAAUAUUUUCAGUAAUGCAAGAGAAACUAUUCUAACUUAAACGGAAACUGACAUUUCAGACAAUGGAAGCAUCAGAAUUCAAUGAACAGCACAUAUGUUAUGGGAUUAUAAUGAACAUUAUAAUUGUGUUGGGAACAAUCGGGAACAUUCUUGCGAUAAUAGUCUGGUUACAGCCUGGCCUGAGAAACACCACUACCGCCACCUAUCUUACAGCCUUAUCUAUUGCCGAUUUGUGCGUUCUUUGGACUGCGAUUUUCCGUUAUGAAACAUUUUCAAUAUUUUGGACCAGAUGGGACUAUUUCAUGUAUGAGGUCACCAACAAGCCAUACAUUGAUGUUUAUCUUGAACCAUUUCAUUGGAUUGCACUAGGCACCACAAGCAUGUUGACUGUUGCACUGACAGUUGAGCGCUUUUUAGCAGUGAAAUUUCCCAUGAAGAUCAAACCAUUUUGUAACAAAUCAGUAACAUUUUUUAUUAUAAUACUAAUAUUGAUCACAGCUUUGGCUUUAACAAUACCCAACUUUUUUGACUAUAAGAUUAUAUCACUAAAACCACCAUUUUUGAAUCAGACAAUCAAUAUAAUAGAUGCAACUGAUUUUAAGGAAACUUCGCACUACACAUGCUUUUUCCAUAGUUACAUCAUUCCAAUAUUUUGGUACCUGAUACCCUGGGUGUGUUUAGCAGUCUGUAACGCAUUACUGAUUCACCAUGUUAGGAUGUCAGCGAGGCGUAUCAAUGCAGUAGCAGUGCAUGACUUUGUCAACAUGAAUCCGCAUCGUCAUCUCACUAGGCUACUUAUCGCCAUCACUAUCACUUACAUGGUGUGCAACCUCCCACUCUGCGUCAUCGUUAUCAUCCAUGUGAAGAAGGAAACAGAGAAUGAUGUAUGUGAGCCUGGAUCUGAGAGCCCCUGGGGGCCUGAUGACCCUUACCAGGUUGCUAGGGU